AAUUUUUCGCACGGCGGACGGUGCUCGUGGUGUCGCGAUAAACGCGGGGGUGCGCCGCCCGACUACGGAAUUUCCGGCGGUGACAGAUCCGGCGAGUGUUGUGGCUUUUUUUAUCUGCCUAUCGAUUUUAUUCUAUAAUCGGGCGAUUUUGCGGUUUAAACACUACCAGACAUCCGCUUCCUGGACGAUCACCAAUGGACAGCGAUUGCCUGGAGAUGGACCUAACGACGAAACAACGGGACGCUGUGCCGGUGAGAGUGGCCAAAUCAGUGUUUUCGAUAAGGAGUCUCGUCGAUUUGAGCGACAAUGGGGAGAGAUUCGACGAUAGAGAUAACGGCGCCGGUCACAGUGAAUCAGCUUCCAUAGAAAGCAACCCUGACAUAAUGGGAGUGUCCGAGGAAAUAACGCCGAACGCGGGCGUCGAACCGCGGCCCCCCGGGCCCGAACAAAGCGACGGCAGCGACCCGGAACCCGACGAAUUCGCCCCCAAGAGGAAGCAAAGAAGGUACCGCACCACCUUCACCAGUUACCAGUUGGAAGAGCUAGAGAAGGCCUUCUCGCGCACCCAUUACCCCGACGUCUUCACCAGGGAGGAAUUAGCUAUGAAAAUCGGACUUACUGAAGCUAGAAUACAGGUGUGGUUCCAAAACCGCCGGGCGAAAUGGAGAAAGCAAGAAAAAGUGGGCCCCACGGGCCACCCUUACAACCACUACUUGAACCCCAGCGCGCCAGGACCGGCGCCGCCCGUCGUCGCCCCCUCCUUGCCGACGCCCUUCAAUCUCUCCUUCGGCCUGCGGAAGCCCUUCGACUCGCUGACGUUCCGCUACCCGCCGCACGUGCUGCCCGGCUACCUGCCGUCGCCCGCCUCCUACCACAGGGGCGGCCCGCCGCUGCUGCCGCCCUCCGUGGGGCUCUACCCGUCGGCCAGCUCCUUCCAGACGCUGCUGGCCAACAUAUCGGCGGCGCAACGGCCCAAGCAGGAGUUCACGGCGUCGCCGCCGCUCAGCCCGGGCUCCUCCGGGUCGGCGGUGACGCCGCCCGACGUCGACCGGCGGAGCUCCAGCAUAGCCUCGCUCAGAUUGAAGGCCAGGGAGCACGAGCUGAGGCUGGAGAUGCUGCGGCAGAACGGCGAUUUGAUCAGUUGAAUGCCGAUGUUGGAUGGCUAUUUUGUUGAUUUCGAAGAGGAGACGUCGAGUGUUUUUUUUUCUGUAUCGAAUGUGAUUGAUGGCGUCGCGUGAAAAUUAUAUAUCGUCUCUUAACGGACUGUAAUAGUAAUAGCGUACUAUGAAUUGUUGUGUACUUGUAUAUAAGUUUUGCGAAAAUUGGUUUUAUUUAUGUAAGUAGAUUUUUUAUUCUCAAAUCAGUAUAGCGCAAAUAUGGCAAUAAUGACAGUAAUUUUAAUGGAAACGAAUCCGUCCGAAAUGUGAGUUUUAUUAUUUAAAUAUUGCGAAUAAAUAUUUUGUAAAAA